AUGUACUGGCUUGGGGCCCUCUCCUUCGCGGCCGCCGUUCAGGCACAAGGUGGUGGAUUUUCGACCAACAUGCUGCGGUUCGGCUGCUCGCAAGCAGUCAUUGACCGUAUUGAUCCACUUGUCGAACCGGGCAUGCUCCCUUCUUCACACGUCCAUCAAGUCGUUGGCGGCGUACGUCCAUUCCCUGUUUCUCCCUACAAUGCCCACACUAACAACUACCAGAACGCCUUCAACGCAACCAUGCCCUCCGGCCCCAACGCCGACAUCUCCAAACUCGCCACCUGCACCUCCUGCACCUUUUCCGAGGACUUCUCCAACUACUGGACCGCCAACGUCUACUUCCGCGCACGCAACGGCACCUACAAGCGCGUGCCACAAAUGGUCAACACCCAAAUCGGCGCCGCCAACGCCGGCAUAACCGUCUACUAUACUGCUCCCGGCCCCAAGACCGUGACAGCAUUCAAGCCCGGCUUCCGCAUGUUCUCCGGCGAUGCCAACCGCCGCACCUCACCGGGUUUUGGCAAGAACAUGCAAUCCUGCUUCAGGUGCUACACGGGCGCCAACUUUGGCGGCAACACUUACGCCCCUUGCCAGGACCCGCAGCGCGACACCGAGACGUUCCCCAAGCAGCCCUGCCCGGGCGGGAUCCGGUCGAGCGUCAUCUUUCCCAUCUGCUGGGACUGCAAGAACCUGGAUUCUCCUUCGCACACGGAGCAUAUCGCCCACCCCGCCUUGGGCCCUGCGCCGUUCGCCGUCGUGGACGCCAAGUGCCCUUCCAGCCACCCGGUCAAGAUCCCGCAGGUGCACUACGAGGUCGUAUGGGACACUCGCCAGUUCAACAACAAGGCGGACUGGCCUACGGACAGCAGCCAGCCGUUUGUGUUGAGCAAUGGAGACACGACGGGGUACGGACAGCAUGGCGAUUACGUGUUUGGAUGGCAGGGAGACAGGCUGCAGCAUGCGAUGGAUAAUGGGUGCUUUGGGCCGACGUGCAACGGAUUGAAGAUGCAGGCGUUUGACAAGGCGAAUCAGUGCACGGUGAAGAGCGUGGUGAAUGAGAAUACGGAUGGGUGGUUGAAGGUGCUGCCGGGGAUGGCGGGGCAUCCGAUGAAGAAGUGA